AUGGAGCUUAGGCACCAGCAGCAGCCAUGUCUGCAUGGCGCUGCGAUCCUCACUGCCGUCCUCUACGGAGAGCUAGACGCAACUGCAGUGCAGUCUCGCUGCCGCCACCAUGCAUGCCGACGCCAUUGCCACUACUCAUCCAUGAGGACCAAGCCCCCGACCUUCUCGGUCACCACCGCGUCGCAGCUCCACGACGCCAUCGACCGCCUCCUCCCGCUGCUCCGCGCCGACGCCGCCCACGCCCCGGCCGCGCGCGCGCUCGCCGCGGCCGCCGCCUCGCUCCCGCCCUCCACGCUGCUCUCCAACCGCCUCCUCCACCUCCUCUCCUCCAACGCCGCCUCCCUCCCCGACGCCCUCGCCCUCCUCUCCUCCGCCCCGAGCCCCGACCGCUGCUCCUACAACACCCUCGUCGCCGCGCUCUGCCGCUCGCCGCGCCACCUCGCCUCCGCGCGCGCGCUGUUCGACCGAAUGCCCCACAGGGACCACUUCUCCUGGUCCGCCAUCGUCUCCGCCUACUCCCGCCACGGCCGGCCCCUCGACGCGCUCGCGCUCUACCGCCGGAUGCAGGGGGAGCCCGGGAGCGCCGACGCCGACAACCAGUUCACCGCGUCCAGCGCGCUCGCUGCCGCCACCGCCGCCCGGUGCGCCCGCGCGGGCAGGGAGCUGCACUGCCACGUGGCCAGGAGAGGGAUCGGCGCGGGCGAUGCCGUCAUGUGGAGCGCGCUGGUGGACAUGUACGCCAAGUGCGGCCGGUUGGACGAUGCCAGGAGGGUGUUCGAUGGGAUGCUGGUCCGGGACGUCGUCUCCUGGACGGCGAUGGUGGAGAGGUACUUUGACGCCGGGCGCGCCGGGGAAGGAUUCAGGCUGUUCCUCCAGAUGCUGAGAGCCAGAGGUGUUCGACCGAAUGAGUUCACGUACGCGGGGGUUCUGCGUGCUUGCGCAGAGCUUGCCGUCGAGAGCCUCGGGAGGCAGGUGCAUGGCCGAAUGUCAAAGAGCAGCGUCGGCGACUCGUGCUUUGCAGAGAGCGCGCUCCUGCACAUGUACUCCAAGUGCGGGGACAUGGCCAGUGUGGUGCUUGUAUUCGAGGGGAUGCCAAAGGCAGACCUGGUGUCGUGGACGGCAAUGAUCUCUGGCUAUGCGCAGAAUGGUCAGCCAGAGGAGGCGUUUCGCUACUUCGACAUGUUCUUGAGGUCAGGAAUUAGGCCUGAUCAUGUCACGUUCGUUGGUGUUCUCUCUGCUUGUGCUCAUGCUGGUCUGGUCGACAAAGGUCUGGAGGUCUUCCAUUUGAUAAAGGAUACGUAUGGCAUUGCACACACCGCUGAUCAUUAUGCUUGCGUGAUCGAUCUACUCAGCCGAUCAGGUCAGUUUGAACGGGCAGAGGAGAUGAUCAACAAGAUGGCUGUCAAGCCUAACAAGUUCCUGUGGGCAUCCUUGCUUGGUGGCUGCAGGAUUCACAAGAAUGUCCGCUUAGCUAGGCGGGCAGCGGAAGCAUUGUUCGAAAUAGAACCUGAAAAUCCUGCGACCUAUGUUACUCUAGCUAAUACUUAUGCAUCGGUCGGUCUGUUUGAUGAAGUUGAGGGUGUAAGAAAGAUCAUGGAUGCAAAGGGCAUAACGAAAAUGCCGGCGUCAAGUUGGAUUGAAGUUGGAAGAAGGGUGCACGUAUUUCUGGUCGGUGAUAAGUCACAUCCUCGAACUGAAGAAAUCUAUGCCCUUCUGAAAAAGCUUUAUGGGAAAAUGAGGGAAGAAGGGUAUGUAGCGGACACCGGAUUUGUUCUCCAUGAUGUUGAAGAUGAGCAGAAGGAGCAUGACAUUGGCUACCACAGCGAACGACUUGCUGUUGCAUUUGGGAUCAUUGCCACUCCUGAGGGUUCCCCUAUCAAGGUUUUCAAGAAUCUGCGGAUAUGUGGGGACUGUCACACUGCUAUUAAGCUCAUAUCGCAGAUUGCUCAGAGAGAGAUCAUCGUAAGGGACUCGAAUAUAUUUCAUCACUUCAAGAACGGGGUUUGUUCUUGCAGAGACUAUUGGUAAUCUAUGCUGCAUAUGUGGGUAGGUUUGACUUCUGAUAUAUGGGCAACUAUUAUCCAUUUUUUCAUGGCUAAAGUCGAUGUGCAUCAUCUAUUGAUUUAGCAGCUGGUGUCACAUGAGGUUAUUUUUUCGAGAAAACCCAAAUGGCCUUUACGUUUCAUAGCAUUGGAAAGAGAGGGAAUUUACAUCCUCCUAGGAGGCAGGUUUACCUCCUAGGCUCAUGAGACUUCUGGUGUCACAUGAGGUUAUUGCAAUCCAGGCUCCAAGACUCCUUAUGAAGCUGCUAUUAGGAAAAUGGCCUCCAAAGUUUGUAGCUCCGAUACCUUGGACAAUUUUUCUGCUCUGUUCAAAGGCUAAGUUAUAUACGUACAUGUUUGCUUUCUUGUAUUAUAACAUAUCUUGUAAAGAUGAGCAUUUUGUACAACUGGUUUGCUAGAAAUGAUCAACCAACAAUAACCCU